AUUUUAUAGUAUCGUCUGCAGAAUAUGGUAUAUAAGUCGAAAGUAAAAUUCUCUGUAAAAUGUUUUUCGCGUAAUUUUGCAGUUAAACUGUCCUUAUAGAGAGUUCGUUAUGUUACGUUUUGCAUGGAUUGCUGCUUUCCUCAUAUUGAUCGGAUCUGUUUGGUCACAGGAAGAUCUUUUUGAAGAAAAAGUUGGGCAUCGUAUCCCAAAAUUUGGCUUUACUUUUCUCGAACCUUUUCGAAAAUAUUUUUGUAAGAGUUUUUGUCAUUCAUCUGAAGUAUAUAUAACGAAUCUUGCAUGUGCUAUCAAAUGUCCUGAAUUAUAUCUACCUUCAACAACAAUGGCGCCAUCAACUACAAUGUCUACAUCAUCUACAAUGUCUACAUCAAGUACAUCUAAGAUGUAAAGUUGAUUA